AUGAUGACCCACCAGUCUGAUGGUGUUAUAGUAAUGCAGUCCGAAAAGACAGUGGAGCCACUCUUCCAGCUACUGGUCCACAAAGUAACAAUCGAGAACUUCGAUUUGAUGCGAGAUCUGGCACGAAGGAAGGCGUUGCCUGAUUGCCCAGAGGACUCCGACGAUUUUUUUGAGCAAGGCACGGUCCUUUUUCUUGGCCCUUUCGGCCAAUCUGCUGGCUUGGAUCUUCAGCUGUGGCUGUGCCCAAACGGCGACCGAGAGGAUUGGGACGCACUCACUAUCACCAUAUCUAAUGAAGGGACGGAAGAUCUCCCUGAUUUUACCAAGCUAGCCCUUCUCGAUUCGAAAGAUGGCAUGAAAGAGAUCUCUUCGUGCGAGACAGUCGGAAUAUGCAGGGCUAAAAGGGGAUACGUUCGUUUUUUCUUCAACUGGACAGAGCACAACAUUUUGCGAGUGGGGAGCCGACUUAUUCUGAAGAUGGAGAUGCGGUUCUUGCGGAGGAUGGUUCAGCUUGGGAGUGAACCAACAAAGCCACCGGUGUCUUCAACCUUUCAUCAAGAUGUUUUCGAAUACCUGUCUGACCACUUUUUCAAGUCAACCAAUGAUAGAGUUAUUAUUGAUGUUGCGGGCACAAAAAUGGUUUGCAGCAAGGUUCUUCUCUCAUGCCGCUCUCCUGUGUUCCAGAGGAUGUUUCUCGGGAACUUCCGCGAGGCCACCUCCGAAUCUAUUGAAUUGAGUGACCUCGAUGUGGAGACCGCAAUACUGCUGCUAAACUGGAUCCAGACUGACAGAUUCCCCGGUUCCUCAGAGAUUAGCUGGACAGCUUCCGUCAAGCUCUUAAUGGCCGCUGACCGAUUUCAGAUACAGAGACUCAUUGAUUUUUGCAAUCGCCAGCUACGCCAGCUACUUGCACGUGGCCUCGCGUCACUGCAUGAUGUUGUGUCCAUGAGAAAACUGAUUCACGAGAAUGCAACACCUAUCACAUCACAGCUAGGUACGAAAGGAGUAAUGCACUGUACGUCCGUUUUGACCAAUGCAUGCAACCUUUCUACAGCGCGGGAUUGUGAAGGAUAUCUUGCCUCGAAAGCCGCCCUCGAUCCCUCUCGGCUUUGGAGCGUCCUAGAUUACGUUCCCCAGUGUGCGAAGGUUGAGUGA